GAAGGGUGAAAGAAGGGGACAAGACGAGAGGACAGAGGAAGAGAGAAAGAGAGGUGACUUUUAUCGAUUGUCGUCGUGGGACGAGAUACACGGGAGACGUGCUGGAUUCGAGAGUGCGAGAUCUUGCGUUGCGACAAAAUAAACUCGCGGCCCGCGUUGACCAUCAGCCGGCAUUGUGCGUCGUGUUGAGGUGAUCCUGGCCGGGAUCAGGAUCAAUCGAGGGAUGACUCUCGCGUCGGCCAUCGAGCUACCUCGUACACUCAGCUGAUGGUGUUCGCGCGAGCGAGCCAACGAAACCGAAGGGUGGUUCUCCGUUCGGCUGACAGAUGCAAGAGCUGCCCAAAGCCAAAGAGAAUACGUGAUCGGUUCGCAGAACCCGCGUUGUCGUCGCGUACAUGCUCCGAUAUUAUCCGCCGAUGUCCAAAGCUGAUCGACCACGUGAGAAGAAUCGCAACCGACCGGCAAGCUUCGAGAGUUUGUGUCACCGAGGCGAUGAACAACCGUGAGAGGAAGUGAUCCCGACGGUUCGAGAUAUCGAGGCGAGCGACUGUUAACGAUACGGGACGAAUGAACCGCGGGUUUGAACUAUGCUGGCAUAUUGUACGACGUCAUUUUCGAUCGAAGGAUAUCUCGAGCGGAUACACGAGAAAAGUACGGAGUAAUGGUGAGAGGCGCACGAUCCGGGGUGUUGACCGCGAAUUUCAAACAGACGCGUCACACCGUGCACGACUGGCGGCGUAAAUUCGGCUUGAAGGGUAACCUGCUGCUGCUGAGAAUCCUGGUUGGGCUUUGCUACGUCACAAGCAGCAACUGCGACUGGAAAGAAAGGAUGCCGCGCGGGACCAACCACCACCUGACGCGAAUUGCCUCGAGCCGGCUGCAUCAGUUCGGCCACUGCGACUUCGAGGAGAUCUGCGAUUGGUCGUGGUUUCAAAACCAAACCGCUGGCUUCAAGAAGACCGCGCCAGCCUCGCUGCGAAGUAAGAACGGGCCUAUCGUCGACGCCAGCAACUCGACCAAGGGGCAUUUUUUAUGGUUCACCGGCCCCGGAAAGCCUCAAAUAUUAUCGAGGACGAUCCCUCCCACUGGGUCACGCUGCGUGUUGAAAUUAGCCCUCUACCAAGUGGAAAUGAACAGCGGCGAUAUCGGGUUGCUCGUGAUCACGAACAACACCAGUUGGGUGGUCAUGGAAAAACCAGGAAACAAUCGCGCCGAAUGGGGAGUAACGCGUUUCACAUUAGGAUCCAUCACUCAGCCGCAUCAGUUGCUCAUAGAGAUGACGGUACCCUAUUCCAACUCUAGCAUCGCCGUUGAUGAUAUUCACCUGGUCAACUGUUUCCCCGAAUCAACACCGGUGAAAACGGCCUGCACGGAGGACAAGUACCGCUGCAAGAACGGCUUCUGUCUGAACAAAGAGCACGUCUGCGACCUAACGGAGGACUGCGUCGACGGCGAAGACGAACGUGACGACUGCGACAAAAUACCCGAGAACGCCAGGUGUAAUUUCGAGCACGGAUGGUGCGGCUGGAAGAACGUACCGGGGAAGCUUUUAAAUUGGACCCUCCAUCGUGGUGCAACGUCCGAGAAAACUGGACCUAGUUACGAUCAUACGUACCGCAAUACGUCCGGGACAUACGCCUAUGUAAAUAUGUCAUCGCGAGUGUCAUACGGUAGUCGCGGUAUCAUCGAGAGCCCAUUGUAUAAUCCGACGCCACCUUACAACGGCGAUCCAAAAAGUCCUUAUUACAAAUCGUGUCAGGUGCGAUUCUUUUAUCAUCAGCACGGCGCGAACAGCGGUUCGCUUGGAUUGUACCUGAUUCAGGUAAAACCGCACCAACACCAUCACGAACAGUUAUGGUGGGCUUACCUCUACGGUGACAAGAGCGACGUUUGGUACAAUCAGGCUGUUCCUCUGCCCGACAUCAAGUACAGAUAUUUUCUGCAAUUUGAGGCGAGCAAAGGCUAUUAUUCGAAAGCCGACAUAGCCAUCGACGACUUUUCCCUCAGCCCAGAGUGUUUUGGCAUUGGAGUCCCUCCCGAGGUAGUGGGAGACUUCAAUUACUACAACCCCGUGAUAGAUUCGGAGAAAGUUCCAGAUCAACACGCCGACUUUGCCAACGAAACUGUUAUACGAAUUGGCACGUGCGGAAACACUGGAAGGAGGGGGCCCAGCAGCGAACAAUGCGCCGAUGAUUACAACAGCACGGACAUAGAGUUACUCGCGCCUUCGACGACACCUCAGCAACAGUCAUCGUCCUUGAAUUUGAACGGAGUUCAACGGUGGACGGCACCUCGCGGUGGCUAUUACACUUUGAUUGGAAUGGGUGCCCGUGGAGGAAAAGGUUCUAGCGGUAUGGGAAGUACGUUGGGCGCACUUGUCCGUGGUGUAAUUGAAUUAGAAAAGGGCGAGCAACUGUAUUUCAUGGUGGGGCAGUCAGGAAUGGACGCGUGUCCUAAAAACUUGGGACUGACGUUGGACAGCUGUCAGAUCGUCGGAUCGUACGAAUCCUCCGUUCCUCUCGGCACUUCGAAGGUACACGAGGUGAAAACUAUCAAGUUGAAGGACGGAGGAGGUGGCGGCGGCGGGGCGACAUACGUAUUCACGGUGAAAGAUAACGGAGAACAGUAUCCGAUACUGGUGGCGGGAGGUGGCGGUGGUUUGGGACUGGGACAGUUUGUCGACAACGGUCAUCAACACGGACGGGGAGCCGCUCCUCCCGGGAGGCAACCUGCCUCGGGUACGAUCCUCUCGGCAGAGGAAGGUAAUCAGAGUAACAAGUAAUUUGCACUUUAUUGC